AUGGAGGCUCUGAGAGAGGCCCUCUCAUGCCCCGUGUGUUUAGACCUGUUCACGCCACCCAUCCUGGUCCUGUCGUGUGCACACAACUUCUGCAAGCCAUGCUUGGAAAAGAUCCUCAUCCACCAAAACUGCAACCAUGUCAAUGGGCAUUUCCAUUGCCCUCUAUGCAGAAAGGUCAUUUACCUAAGAGGCAGAGGAUUAGUCGGAUUGCCAAGAAAUAGUCUGGUUGAAAGUAUAAUAGAGAAAUUUAAAGAUGAGCUUGAAAAAAUCCAUGACCAGGAGAAGAAACAGUUGUCCCAAAUGUGUGAAGAACAUGGUGAAAGCUUGAAUUUGAUGUGCCUGACAGAUGACGAGCCAAUAUGUGCAAUCUGCAAACUCUUUGGAAAACAUAAACAUCACAAUGUUGAGAAAGUGUCAGAAGUUUACAACACCAGAAAGAAAUCAUUUAUUAAAAAUUUACACCUAGUGCAUAAGAAAUCUGAAGAUGCUAGGAAGGAAACUGAAAAGUUGAUUCAYGAACUAACAGCCGAUGCUACAGACACCAAAAUCAUGAUCGACACGGUCGGCAGCAGUUUGCUGAAAGGGAUCAGGUACAGAAUGGCAGACCUGCAAUCAAAGCUACACAAUGACUACUCUACAAAAYUGGAGAAACUGCAAGUAAUCUCAAAUGAAACCGAAGCUCCUGGACAGCUUUAUCUGCAAAUGAAACAUCUCCUGGAACAGCGUUUAAAUUCUGUACAAUUUCUACAAGAGGACAAAAAGMUCAGGGAAAAGAUAGAAAAAAUGCUAGAAGGAAAAUCCUUCCAUCAGGACCUGCCCAAGUAUAAAAUCUCAGUGAGACAGUACUUUGAAGAGCUGAUCAAAGGAAUCAACAUCCAGGAUUACCUGUCCAUCACGUGCGAGGAGACGUUCGCGAGCGGCCCUGACCCAGGCGAGGGCUGCAGGUCCGAGUGUCCGGCCUUCGUCUUCGCGGGCCAGAGCCCCGACCAGUUGUUCUGCAGACAAGUGCUGCGAUUAUUUGAGAAGACCAACAAUGCAAACCAAGACCACGUUGAAAACACAACYCCAGCCCCUCCGCAGCACUAACGGAAGCACUAGCACUGAAAAUUUAUUUCUUAUAUGUCGGUUGAAGCGUGACUCUAAGUACUAUCUCCUGAAGUUUAGCUUUUAUUUCUCAGUCAUAUGUGCUGCCUACAUAGUCUAUAAAACAGCUACAAGAACACCUUGAAGAGUA